GCUUGGAGUCGGAAGAUUCUUCCGGUGAGUUCUCAGAAGCAGGGAGUGCUGACUUUAUCUUUACAGACAGGGAAGUUGUGAGAUCUGAAACUGGCGUCAUGAACAGCACUGAAUUCCAGGAAAAUGGAAUUAAAAGACACAGAACAACAUUACCUGCACCUAUGUUCUCAAGAAGUAACUUCAGUGUGUGGAGCUUCUUGAAAAAAUGUAUUGGAAUGGAACUAUCCAAGAUCACCAUGCCAAUAGUCUUCAAUGAGCCUCUUAGCUUCCUACAACGAAUCACAGAGUACAUGGAACACACCUACCUCAUUCACAAGGCCUGCUUACUCCCUGACUCUGUAGAAAGAAUGCAGGUUAUUGCUGCAUUCGCUGUGUCUGCUGUGGCUUCACAGUGGGAGAGAACUGGCAAGCCAUUCAACCCGUUACUUGGAGAAACAUUUGAACUAAUCCGAGAUGAUUUAGGUUUUAAAUUUGUGGCAGAACAGGUUAGCCAUCACCCUCCUGUUAGUGCAUUUUAUGCAGAAGGAUUAAACAAAGACUUCAUUUUCCAAGGCUCAAUUUAUCCCAAGCUAAAGUUUUGGGGCAAGAGUGUUGAAGCAGAGCCACGGGGCACUAUUACGCUUGAGCUCUUAAGGAGCAAUGAAGCUUACACGUGGACAAAUCCUACAUGUUGUGUACAUAAUGUCAUCCUUGGUAAACUUUGGAUAGAGCAAUAUGGAAUUGUAGAAAUCACCAAUCACAGUACUGGUGAGAAGUGUUUGCUUAACUUCAAGAAGUGUGGAUUGUUUGGAAAGGAACUACAUCGAGUUGAAGGUUACAUCUUAGACAAAAACAAAAAGAAACUCUGCGUUAUAUAUGGUAAAUGGACAGAGUGCCUGUGGUGCAUAGACCCCAACACCUAUGAGACUUACAAGAAGAAGGGAGGAGACUCAAAGGCAGCCAAACAGAUAGAAGAGCAGAUCGGAUCAGAGAGUGAUGAGGCAGAUGACAUGCCUGAGGUGCAGGAGACUGUCCAGGUUAUACCUGGUAGUAAGUUACUCUGGAGGAUCCCUUCAAGACCGUCUCACUCAGCAAAGAUGUAUAACUUCACAAAUUUUGCAGUAUCACUGAAUGAGCUUGACAAAGAGCUGGAGGCAGUUCUGGCCCCAACUGACUGUCGAUUCCGGCCAGAUAUCAGAGCAAUGGAGAAUGGAGACAUGGACCUUGCUAGUAAAGAGAAAGAACGUUUAGAAGAAAAACAGAGAGCAGCCCGAAAAGAACGAGCCCAAACUGCAGAAGAAUGGAAUACCAGGUGGUUCCAGCAGAAGACGCAUUCCUACACAGGGACUUUGGAGUGGACUUACUCUGGAGGAUACUUUGACAGAAACUUCACAGACUGUCCGGAUAUUUACUGAAUCAUGUGGGAUGUGGUCAUUCCAGCACUGAACAGUGACAUUUGGGUGGUGGAGCAAAUGAUCUUGCAUCUCAUUACAUAUUGGUUGACCUUGUUCUGUCUUUUACAGAACUAACAUCUUUGUCAAGUCAGCAUUAUUCAGAAAUCUGGGAUCCGGAUCUUGUAAAUGCAAUGAUUUGCCAAAAAUAUUAUGUAUGGUUAAAGAUGUUCUCCCUGUAAAGCUACAUUCAGAAAGUUUAUUAAAAAAGUACAUCUCUA